ACCCAAUUUUAUUUUUUUCCUCUUUGCUCCUCCGCAGCAACAACUCUUGUGAUCUCUUUCUCUACCGAAUCAAAGCUUAGAUAAGAAAAGAUGGUCAGAGUUAGUGUGCUGAAUGAUGCUCUCAAAAACAUGUACAAUGCUGAAAAGAGGGGAAAGCGUCAGGUCAUGAUUAGACCUUCAUCAAAAGUCAUCAUCAAGUUCCUCAUUGUUAUGCAGAAGCAUGGUUACAUCGGAGAAUUUGAGUACGUCGAUGAUCAUAGGUCCGGAAAGAUUGUUGUCGAACUGAAUGGAAGGCUAAACAAGUGUGGUGUCAUUAGUCCUCGCUUUGAUGUUGGAGUCAAGGAGAUUGAGCUGACUACCUCAGCUGGUAUCAUGGACCACGAAGAGGCUAGGAGAAAGAAUGUUGGUGGAAAAGUUCUUGGUUUCUUUUAUUGAGUCAUGUUGAAAAGGAUGAAAACUUUGGUUUUGCUGUUUGUUGGCUCGUUGUAACCGACCUUUUUCUGUUUUUCUCUUUACCAUCAAAUUUAGUAGAGAUUUUUUUGAAAAUUUUGAGACAAUUAUCAGAUUUUGUUGAAAA